AUGCUGGAGUCACCAUUUUUCGACAAGGCUUGCACUGGUGUUUUCAAGGAGGGGCUAGAGCAUAGUGUUGACCUCCCAGAUGAAGACCCCGACACCGUUGAUCGAUUUUUUCGAUUCCUCUACGCCGGAAACUAUUCUGAUGGGGAACAUUACGAUGAUUUGCCAUCGAAUACCGCCUUAAUAGCUCCCGGGCCGGACUCUGAGUCCCCCCCGGCGGAGGAUACCCUCGACUAUGACUCCGAUGGAUCAGAUUACAUGGAGACAGAAGAUGGCAUUGAGAUAGAUGCAAACCUGCCUCUUCCCAGUGGGUGGAAAAAUCGCGCCAUCACAACCUUAUAUACUUCCCUCCGAGUUUACAUAAUGGCGGACAAGUACGAUGUGUCAGCUCUGAAGCUGCUAUCUGGAGAGCGAUUUAAGCGUACCGCCGAAAGGCUAUGGUGUGAGUACGAUGACUUUCCGGCCGUGGUAGAUCUGCUGUAUGGAUCCACGAUGUCAGGUGACCCUUUACGAGAGUUCGUUUGUGCACUCAUUACCCAUCAAUACCAUGGCGAUGCCGGUCUACGUGCUAGGAUGAAGCCCGUAUUAGAGAAAAACCCUGACUUUGCCAUCAAGCUGCUAGAAAUGAUGGUGGGCAUCACCACGACGGACGUGGCCUUGCGCUAG